AUGAAGAUAGUUAUUCAACGAGCUUUGCGUGGUGUGGCAACCGUCGAUGGUGAGAUCAUUGGCUCCAUUGGGAAAGGCAUGGUUGUGUUGAUUGGGAUCGACCGCGAUGAUAAACAGGAGGAUAUGAAUUACAUCGCACACAAGAUUCUCACCGUGCGAAUCUGGCCAAAUGAGGAGGGGAAGGCGUGGGAUCGAAAUGUGAAGGAGAUCAACGGGGGCAUUUUGAUGGUUUCGCAGUUCACGCUUACGCAUACGUUAAAGGGCUGUAGGCCUGACUUUCAUCGCGCGAUGCCGCCAGAGGGUGCCUUAGAAAUGUUUAAGAGCAUCUGCGAUAAACUUCGAGCGGAGUACGAUCCUGACAAGAUUGCCACCGGAAAGUUCCAGCAUUAUUCGAAUAUUGAGAUCGUCAAUGACGGUCCGGUAACCCUUCUUAUCGACAGUAAGAAGCGAGACUAG